AUGAGUCUCUCAGUAAUCCCAGAUCGGUCGGAUCGCUCUCGACCGACGCGGAAUUAUCAGAUCGUUCUUCCGAGCCAUUCCCGCUUCCCACUCCUCCGGCGGCCCCAGAUGCGUCCAGAUCCGACGUCCCGGCCGCUAAUGAAUCUCGUGAAAGGUCUGCUCCAGCUGUGGGCGUCACCGGCUUCGUUCCCAGAGUUUCUGCCGACGACGUUCGUCUCACGAUGGCCACGAUCUCGUAUUUGUGGGAUCGAGAGGCUACCUUCUGCAGCCAAGCCGACACCAUUCAUGCGCUCCAGCAGUCCUACCGAGAUGCCGUCGUCCGGGGGGAUCGCUUACAAGACGAGCUUGAUUCGCUGUACAGAUCAGCCGCUCCUUUUGUCUCCUUCGUCCAGCGUCGAUAUGACUGGAUGCAGGGCCGCUACGUCGACGCAGUGCAUUCUUUGA